CAUUCGAGUCCCUGGGUUUGGGAAUAGUGAAACUGUGGAAUGGCUAGACCCAAGUCAUGCUGCCACAGGCCUGUAUUUUAAUAUUGUUGCUGCCACUUUAUCAGCAAUGGGGUAUAACAGGAAUACAAGUAUUAGAGGAGCACCAUACGACUUCAGAAAAGCACCUAAUGAAAACCAGGACUACUUUGUGAAACUUAAAAAAUUGAUUGAAGACACUUACGAAGAAAACAAUAACACUUCUAUAAUGUUAAUAGCACAUUCGAUGGGCGGUCCUAUGUCACUAUAUUUCUUAAAUCAACAAAGUCAAGCCUGGAAAGACAAGUAUAUCAAAAGAUUGGUUACUCUUAGUGGUGCUUGGGGUGGAUCAGUCAAAGCUAUCAAAGUAUAUGCUAUUGGUGAUGACUUGGGUUCUUAUAUUUUAAGAGAGAGUGUGAUGCGAGCUGAGCAGAUAACCUCACCUAGUUUGGCAUUUCUGCUCCCAUCUCCACUAUUUUGGAAGCCUGAUGAAGUUCUUGUGCAAACUGAAAAAAAGAAUUAUACUCUAAGUAAUUUAGAGGAGUUUUUUAUUGGUAUAUCCUUUCCUGAUGGUUGGGAAAUGAAAAAAGAUGUGGAACCGUUUAAGCUAAAUUUUAAGCCUCCAGGUGUUGAAGUACAUUGUCUUUAUGGUUCCCAGGUAGAUACAGUAGAAAAGCUUUACUACAAACCAGGAACUUGGUUGGAUGGCUAUCCAACUCUUUUAUAUGGCGACGGUGACGGUACUGUCAAUCUAAGGUCGUUACAGGCUUGUCAGCACUGGCAAUCCUUGCAAAAACAAAAGGUUUUUUACCAAGCUGUACCAAAAACCGACCAUCUGGGUAUAUUGUAUGGCAAAACCACGCAAGACUAUAUUGCCAAUCUUGUUAAAACUGACGAACCAUCGGUUGAAAUUCCCAAGCACUACAAUCAUAGCAUUUUGGAUAAAUUGUUACAUUUGCAAAGAUUGAAUAAGCUUAUGGGAAAUAGUAGUAAAUUUGACAGACUUUUAAACGUUAAUGAUGUAUAAUUAAGAGAUGAGUGGAUAUAAAAAUGUAUAAUUAUGAAUUUUUAAAGGUUCUUAUAGGAUUUAUAUUAACCUAGGAGUGUCUUUCGGAGUUAUCAUUGACUGAUACCUACAUUGUAGUAGUUAGAGUCCCUAGAUAUAUAGGUACUUUAAUUGUAGUGAUUGGUAAGCAUGACUCUCAACCUCAAGAUGUAAUUUUUUUAUAUAGAGUUAAGAUGAUUGUAUAUCUGGUUGCCAAAUUAAAUUACAUAUUGUAGAGAAAUCAAUCAAAAGAAAAUAAUAAGAAAUAUUAAAUAAUUUUUAGGAAAAAAAUAUUCUUCUGAUUGUCUUUUUAGUCUUCCUAGUCAAGAAAUUGACUUUAUUUUCUUUAUAAAUAGCAAAAUAUAAUUUUACUUUUAGAUGAUUUUAGUUUUUGCUCUGUAUCGAAUAACAUGUACCAAAUUUAUUAUACUAAAAAGUGUACAUAAAACUGAUCAUAUUUAGGUAUCUGUGAAUUCCUAAAAUAUUGCUAAUAGAAUUUUUGUGAUAUUUACUUCAUUGAGAUUACCCAUGUUUGAUAUUAUGCUCUCUUGUCUGAUUUAUAUAUUUUUAUGUACAUAUACACAUGUGAUUAGUUUUAAUCGUAAGUGAGAAAUAUUGUUAAAAGCUGUGUAGUAUUACUCACCAGAUUGUAAACUUACCAAUCAAUUUUAGGAAUCAACAUUUUUUUAUGGCUUGAAUUUCAAUAUUCUGGUGAUUAAUUUUUAUAAUAAAAUAACAAUUUAUUUAUUUCUGUUUCCAAUAUAGUUAAAAAACUUGGUGAAUAUUACUGUAUAAAGUUCUUAUUUACUAGAUUUUUAAAUGUAUUAAAUAACUUUAAUAAAAAAAGAUAAUAAAUCAAAA